AUGCCUCCAAAACAGCAGGGCGGCGGCGGCGGCCGUCAGCAGCAGCAGCAACAGCACCACUCGUCAUCGAAAAAGGCUGGCGCAAAGGCCGGCGGCGGCGGCGGACACCAAGACGACCUCCAGCAGGAGCCGCUGCAGGCCGUCGUCCUGGCAGACGCCUUCUCGCGCCGCCUCGACCCGCUCACGGCCGACCGCCCGGCAUGCCUGCUGCCCAUCUGCAACGUCGCCCUCCUCGACUGGACCCUCGAGAACCUCGCCCUGGCCGGCGUCGACGAGGCCUUUAUCCUCGCAUCGCGCCACGCCGACCAGAUCAAGCGCCACAUUGCCUCGAACCCGCUCGCCGCACCCAAGCUCACCGUCAUCGCCACUCCAGACGCCCAGUCCAUCGGCGACGUCAUGCGCGAGCUCGAUACCAAGCAGGUCAUCCGCUCCGACUUUGUCCUCGUCCACAGCGACUCGGUCGCCAACCUCGACCUGGCCUCGGUCGUCGCCGCCCACAAGCACCGCCGCAGGCGCGAAAAGGACGCCAUCAUGACCAUCUGCGCCAUGCCCGCCGGCAGGCACAGCCGCACCCGCCCGCCCGGCGACCUCUCCCUCUUCUUCCUCGAACCCACCACCUCCCAGCUCCUCCACUACGCCCCCGUCCGCGCCGUCCCCCGCCUCCGCUCCACCACCCUGCCCCUCGAGCUCUUUGACAGCGACGCACCCGCCACCACCAGCGGCGGCUCCAACGGCGCAGAGGUCGACGUCCGCAACGACCUCGUCGACUGCGGCAUCGACGUCUGCAGCGUCGACGUGCCCCCGCUCUUUUCCGAAAACUUCGACUACCAGACGCUCCGCCGCGACUUUGUCCUCGGCAUCCUCACCUCGGACCUUCUCGACUCCAAAAUCUUCGUCCACGUCGCCCCCAACGGCCCGCCCGCUUCGGCCGCCUCGGCCUCGUCGUCGGCCUGCCCGCCCGUCAUCGGCACGUCGACCUACGGCCGCGGCUACGCCGCCCGCGUCAAGUCGCCCGCCGCCUACGACGCCAUCAGCCGCGACAUUCUCGCAAAGUGGACCCACCCGCUCGCCCCGAGCGGCUACCUGCCGGGCGGCGAGCGCUACAGCGCGCGCGCCGGCCUCCGCUACGUCGGCAAGGACGUCGUCCUGAGCCGCACCUGCACUUUUGGGCCCUGCUCGCUGCUCGGCUCCCAGUCCCAGAUCGGCGACCGCGCGUGUGUCGAGCAGUCCAUCAUCGGGCCCUCGGUCCACGUGGGCGCGCGCUCCACUGUGCUGGGCUCCUACAUCUGGGAGGGCGCCCAGAUCGGACAGGGCUGCACCGUCGAGCGCGCCAUCGUCGGCGAGGGCGCGCGCAUCCUCGACGGCGUCAAGCUCGGACGCGGCACCAUCGUCGCGCCCGGCUGCGUCGUCGGCCCAGACGUCGAGCUCAAGCCGUACUCGCGCGUCGGCAUGAAGCGCUACGGCGUCGACGACGACGACGACGAGUACGACGAUGAAGAGGAUGACAGCGACGAUGACGACGAGGACAUGCCGGCGGCCGGACGGCCGGGCGCGGCUGGUGCUGGUGGUGCUGCCUCCGCCGCCGCCGCCGCUGCCUACUCAAAGGAGCUUGGCGCCCAGGGGCUCACGUCUUCCUCGGACGAGGACGGCGACGACGAUGGCGACGGCGACGACGGCACGCUGUCCUCUGCCGGGUCCGGGUCCGACUCGGACGACGGCCAGGACCUGGUGGGCUCGGGCAUGCUCACCCUGUCUGCGGGCACGACGACGGCCGAAAAGGCGGCGGCUGCGGCGCGGCUGGCCGACUUCCGCGCCGAGGCCCAGGCGUCGCUGGAGCGCGCCUUUGACGAGGGGCAUACCGUCGACAAUGCCGCCAUCGAGCUCAAGACGCUGCGGAUGGCGAGCAACGUGCCGCUGACCGAGGUGCGCAGCACCGUGAUCCCCUUUGUGCUGAGCAAGUGCGACGCCGAAAGGCCAAAGGAGACGGUGCAGACCCUCGACCGGUGGGGCGGGCUGAUCCAGAGCGUCGCCGUCGACGACGAGGUCGAUGCGCUGGCCGUCGUGCAGCGGUUCUGCGCCACGGAGCCGGCGUACCACAAGCUCUUUGUGCCGCUGCUCAAAAAGUUCUACAACGACGACAUCGUGUCCGACGAGAGCAUCGUGGCGUGGUGGCGCGCGCCCGCGUCGCGCAGGACCACGCCCGACAACGGCGGCGAGCGCUUCCUCGCGCUCCGAAAGGCCGCCGAGGACGUGGUGCGGUACAUCGUCGAGAGCCAGCAGGACUCGGACGACGACGACGACGAUGACGACGAGAGCGAGUAG